UAUUUCUCUUGCGCUGAAAAAUAUUAAGGGCAAAGAAAGCCAAGUUAGGAGAACAACAAGGCAGAAAGAACAUCAUAAAUGUCUUCUCGAAGACAAAAGAAGGCAGCUUUAUAUGAUAAGCUGCAAUUGCUUCGAGAUGUUACCAACUCCACUGCUGUGAAUAAAACCUCAAUCAUAGUAGAUUCAUCUAAAUAUAUAGAAGAGUUGAAGGAAAAAGUAGAAAGGCUGAAUCUAGAGAUGGGAACUUCACAAGUAGCUACUGCCCAAAAUCAAUUGCCUAUGCAGGUCAGAGUACAAACCCUAGAAAAAGGUUUCCUUAUUAGUGUUUUCUCAGAAAAUAAUUGCCCCGGUUUGCUUGUCUCCAUAUUGCAAGCUUUUGAGGAACUAGGCCUUGAUGUUCUUGAUGCUAGGGUUUCCUGUGAAGACAACUUUGAACUGGAAGCAGUUGGAGGAGAAUACCAAGGGGAUGCUGAUAGUAUAGAUGCUCAAAUGGUGAAACAGGCAGUGGUGCGAGCUAUCACGGACUGGAGUGAAAGUAAUUAGUGAGAAUAAUCUAAAUUAAAAUUUUCUCUAUUUACAUUCCAUUCAAGUUAAUGGGUAUGCUUAAGGGCACUUAACGUGCGAAGCUAUGAUGAAAUACUGUUCUUCUAUUGCAUUGCGAAAUUUAAGCAGCUACUAGCCUUUGAUCUC